CUUCUGGCAGCCUCUGGGCACAGGUGAAUCCCGGUCCUUUACGGCAUCUCGACAGGGCGGUUGGGUUGGUCUGAUCUCCUGAGGGCUCAUUAUCUCGCGGUCUCCCUUCCUGUCUUUUCCUUCCCCUGGAUUCCCUUUCCACCACAUCAUCAACGUCUUCAUCCCUACUAAUCCCGUCGUUAUUGUAAUUCAUCCACCUUUACAGACCUCACUCGUUCGGUCCCAUAAUCUUUUGUUUUGCGAUCCGGGAGGAAGGCGUAUAGCGUAGCUUACAGGAGCUUAGGUGAGUGCAGGUGCAGUCAGUGAGUGGCAGUUGCCGUUUUUUGCUUCCCUCUCCCUCGGGCAACCAGCACAGUGGUUCGACGGCUAACCCACGAACUCGACAGGGGUUUCUGAAUACCGUACACAUCAACAGUCGAUCAUCCAUACGAAACAUUCAUCCCUCCGCACACGAAAUACUGUUACGCGAAAUAAACAUCAUACAGUAAUUGCUGAUUAUCGUUGGUCUUGGAUACGUCCUGAUUGUUGUGUUGAUUUUUUUGGGAGGAGCUUUGGUUCCGAGGGGUUUUGUCAACAACACCAUCCGAACAACCCAAACACAUACAUACACCAUGAGGGCCACGAUAAACCUCUAUUCCUUACUUAUUCUUCUUCUUGCCACUUUUUCUGCAGCAUGGCCUUGGCCAGAAUGGCUACCUGAUAGGGAUGCAUUGAUUGUACGACAAGACAACAACAACAAUAACCGUGAGCAUACCAUUUCCGUCCAAGGGGUAAAGUAACCAAAACUAACAAUCACACAGCACCACCAGCAUCAAACGCCCCUCGACCUACCGCAGCCCCUGCUCCAACAGAAAACCGCAAUCCUUCGAACACUGAUUCUAAUGCAAGUGGAACCGACAGACCCGCUGCAACAGGUACAGAUAGACCCAAUCCCUCAGCAACCGACAGCAGAGGACCCAUUACCGACGGUCCUCAGCCCACUGAUGCCUCCACCACCGCCUCGACCGAGAAAUCCUCCUAUGGAAACGAGAACCCAGCUGGAGGAGUAGUCCUCGUAACACCCGCCGUCCUCCAGGGCUCGCAAUUCUACAAGAUCGGCGACAAAGUCACUUUUGCAUGGAACUACACCAAUCUCCUUGCAACCCCCACGGCAGUCAACGUCUACGCAACCAACGCCCUGGCAAAGAACUACUAUACCAUGACAGCCAACAUGACGGUUGGAGGUAACGCAACGAAUGCCGUGAUCUGGGAUACCGCGAAUUAUACCUCUUCUCCUUCAGGAGUUACGGAUCCCUUAUUGACAGCUCAAUACACGCUUAUUAUCUUCGAUUCAGAUAGUAGUGUGAGUGCGACUGCGCAACCGGGAUACCUAGCUGUAUACAACCAGUACCAGUUCGGGAUGUAUUUGAAGCAGCCAUACACCGAUUUGGCAGACGGGUAUAAAUGCGCGACUUGCAGUGGCGCCAUGGGGGAUAUGGAGAGGAGAUUCCUCAGUUUUGUUUUUGGAAUGGGCUUACUUACCGUUCUCAGUUUCACCUGGUUCGUUACUGGGACGGGCGUAGUAUGGUGAUGAAUACACAUACAUAUGAAAAAUAGCAUGGAAAUAAUCCUAGAUCGGAUUGGGGAAAAAAGAGAUACGAGAGAGCAUCAUUGGAUUGGUGUACAUGUCACUUUUGUUACAAGGGAAUUAAUUGCUUUGAUCUACCGAGUCAGUCAGUCAGUCAAACAUGGGCAUAGGUGUUUGCCGUUACGCUCCUUUUGCAUUGUUUGGGAAUGGGGGGUUCGGGGGCAUUAUGGUGUUUAUGGGUCGAUCCUUUUCUUUAUUUUUUGUUUUCCAACAUCCGGGGGUUCUGGGCAUAGAUAGCAUAGCGGCAGAGCAGUGCAAAGCAGCUGAGUGCCAAUGGUAUGGUAUGGUAUGGUCAGUCAGUCAAUACUUUACGUAAUGAAUGGUGAGAAGAUGUGUGGAGCAAAUGGGGGAGAUUGAAGCGGGAUGUGGUGAGAGGAGAUU